AUGGAUAAGUUCGUGGUAAGUGGACCACAAGACACUUCGGGAAUCCCCCAUAAAUCCAUCGGAAAACUACUCAUGGAUGCUUUUAGUACUUUCGACAAAAACGUUAUCGCUGUGGUGAAUGCCACCACUGGGGAUUCCCUCACUUACUCACAGUUGUGCCAAAUGAGUAAAAAUCUAGCAACGAGUCUUCGACUUUUGGGAGUAUCGAAAGGUGAUAUCGUUGGCUUGAUGGCUGAAAACUCUCCGGAGUUCUUGGUUGCGUAUCUAGCAGGUUUAUUUAUCGCAGUCCCCGUACAUCUAAUCAACUCUAAGCACACGUCCUACGAAUUAGAACAUAUUUUGGGUUUAUCUGAACCCAGCGUAUUAAUUUGUACGAAAAAAACCCACCAAAAUGCUAGAAAAGCUGUAAAAGAUUUAAACUACGUUACAGCUGUCCUUUGUUUAGACGUGGAAAAAAUGUUGUCUGCGUGCGUGCAUGAAAGUAACUUUCAAGUCGAAGACAAUUUUGACCCUGAAGAACAAAUUGCAUUGAUUUGCAACUCGUCGGGAACCACCGGUUUGCCAAAAGGGGUCAUGAUUAACCACGAGAUGUUGCGAUUGCACUUAACUCUCGGAAGAAACCCGCAAGUCUUUGCCAUGAAAACUGGAGACAAAUGCCUCCUAAUUCUGCCUUUCUUCCAUAUUUAUGGACUGGGUGUCAUUAACGCUGCUUUGUUUACUGGAACAACCAUAAUACCACUUGACGCUUUCGAGCCGGAUCUUUUUCUGAAAACAGUUCAAAACCACAGAAUAGAACUGCUUCUUCUUGUGCCGACUUUGGUUAACUUUUUCGCUAAAAGUCCGUUAGUCGAAAGGUAUGAUCUCUCGAGUGUUAAACGCGUUAUAUGUGCAGGAAGUUGUCUGCCUGAAGAAGAUGUGGUCCUGUUGAAAAAUAGGUUAAGUUUACAGAAACUGCAAAACGGUUACGGAAUGACUGAAUCAGGUAUAGUUUUAUGUAAUCCAGACAACGCCAACAGCAUUGGUAAAGUUCUCUGCGGUUAUCAAAUGAAAGUCGUUGAUUUGGAAAAAGGACACGCCCUUCCUCCCUUUCAAAAUGGAGAAAUUUGCAUCAAAGGUCACAUCAUGAAAGGGUAUCUCAAAAAUGCUGAAAAAACCAAAGAAAUAAUCGACUCGGAAGGCUUCCUGCAUAGUGGGGACGUUGGAUAUUAUGACGACAAUGGGUGUUUUUAUAUAAGCGGAAGGAUUAAGGAACUCAUUAAAUACAAAUCUUGGCAGGUAGCUCCAGUAGAAUUGGAGCAAAUUUUAAUGAAAUUCAAAGGGAUCAAAGAAGUUGCUGUUGUUGGCAAACCUGAUUCACGGUUCGGGGAAUUACCUGCAGCGGUUGUUGUGAAGGAAGAAGGUUUUGAAAUUACGGAAAAAGACGUCUGUGACUACUUGGCAAAGUUUGUUGGUGACGAAAAACGUUUACAUGGAGGGGUUCGAUUUGUUGAAUCUAUCCCCAAAACUAAUUUGGGAAAAAUUAAGCGUCAAGAAUUGACGAAAACAGCUUUUUAA